UGCCGGGGUGGUUGCUGCAGGACUAUUCUGAAUUUCCCUGCUCAGCUCACUUGAGUGGGACACUCACAGACGUGGAAACUUUGUGAAAAUCAGGUAAAGAAAGCCACGUUUCAUUCCAGGCUAUGCAAAGUUCAUUUUUUUCCAGGAUGCAGUCCCAUUUCCUGAGGAGCGAGAGCUUUCGGUGUCCAGCGAGGAAACCCUGCGCCUGCCCGGAGGUGGUGCCUGAAGCCGGCUCCGGGCCGGGCCCUGAGCUCUCUGCCAUCACCGCUGUGCUUGUGGGGGUGCGAGUGCUCUUCCCAGGGUCGCCUUGCUCUUGUCCAGCCCUGUCCUGCCUCUUCCGUCCUUGUAUGGAGAACUUGGAAAGUUGGGGGAAGGUGACCGUGACUCCCCCACGGCCGCUUCGCUGGGCCCAGCAGGAUUCUUCUCUGCUUUCUGGCCGCUAAAUGCGUCUCUGCACCACACAUUCCAGCUCGGGAAGGAGGGCAGAGCUUCUCGGAUGACAAUGGACAUUCCCGCGGCCAGGAUGAGGGCAGAGUGCGUGACCUCAACACCACGAAGGUGCAGCGCGAACGGCGCCGUCUCCCUGCGCAGCCAGCUCCCCGCCGCCCGUGUCCACCAUGGUGUUUGGUGAGUUCUUCCAUCGCCCUGGACAAGACGAGGAACUUGUCAACCUGAAUGUGGGGGGCUUUAAGCAGUCCGUUGACCAAAGCACCCUCCUGCGGUUUCCACACACCAGGCUGGGAAAGCUGCUCGCCUGCCGCUCGGAGGAGGCCAUCCUGGAGCUGUGCGAUGACUACAGCGUGGCCGACAGAGAGUACUACUUCGAUCGCAACCCCUCCUUGUUCAGAUACGUCCUGAACUUUUACUACACGGGGAAGCUGCACGUCAUGGAGGAGCUGUGCGUGUUCUCCUUCUGCCAGGAGAUCGAGUACUGGGGGAUCAACGAGCUCUUCCUCGACUCCUGCUGCAGCAACCUCUACCAGGAGCGCAAGGAGGAGACGCGCCACGAGCGGGACUGGGACCAGAAGAGCAACGAGGUGAGCACCGACUCCUCCUUCGAAGAGUCGUCUCUGUUCGAGAAGGAGCUGGAGAAGUUCGACAAGCUGCGGUUUGGCCAGCUGCGGAGGAAGAUCUGGGUCCGAAUGGAAAACCCGGCCUCCUGCCUGUCGGCCAAGCUCAUCGCCCUGUCUUCCCUGAGCGUGGUGCUGGCCUCCAUCGCGGCCAUGUGCGUCCACAGCAUGUCCGAGCUCCAGGGCGAGGACCGGGAGGUGGGCGACCCCGUGCUGGAGGCCGUGGAGGUCGCCUGCAUCGCCUGGUUCACCGGCGAGCUCGCCAUCCGGCUGGUGGCUGCUCCCUGUCAAAAGAAAUUCUGGAAGAACCCCCUGAACAUAAUCGACUUUGUCUCCAUCGUCCCGUUCUACGCCACGUUGGCCGUGGACACCAAGGACGAGGAGAGUGGGGACAUCGAGAACAUGGGCAAGGUGGUGCAGGUGCUCCGGCUGAUGAGGAUCUUCCGGAUCCUCAAGCUCGCCCGCCACUCGGUGGGCCUUCGGUCCCUGGGCGCCACGCUGAGGCACAGCUACCACGAGGUGGGGCUGCUGCUUCUCUUCCUGUCCGUGGGCAUCUCCAUCUUCUCCGUGCUCAUCUACUCUGUGGAGAAGGAUGACCACACGUCCAGCCUCAGCAGCAUCCCCAUCUGCUGGUGGUGGGCCACCAUCAGCAUGACGACUGUGGGCUAUGGAGACACCCACCCCGUCACCUUGGCCGGGAAGCUCAUCGCCAGCACGUGCAUCAUCUGCGGCAUCUUGGUGGUGGCCCUUCCCAUCACCAUCAUCUUCAACAAGUUUUCCAAGUACUACCAGAAGCAAAAGGACAUUGACGCCGACCAGUGCAGCGAGGAGCCCCCCGAGAAGUGUCCCGAGCUCCCCUACUUCAACAUUCGGGAUGCCUACGCGCAGCGGGUGCAUGCCUUCAUCACCAGCCUGUCGUCCGUGGGCAUCGUGGUGGGCGACCCUGACUCCACAGAUGCCUCGAGCAUCGAGGAUGCCGAGGACGCUUAUAACACGGCGCCCUUGGAGAACUGCACCGCAAGAUGAGCAGGGGCGCGUGGGCCUGUCCCCUGCGUCCCUUCCCGAUGAUAGGUUAACGCAGCUUUAUAAACCUCAAUGGGCUCGUUAAAAUCAUUUACUUCUCAGGGUGUACCUUUCAGCCAUAGUUGGACACUCAUUGCUCCGAAAUGAUAGAAUCCUCUUUAUUUUUCUCAGUGAAGUGAAUUAAAUGCCUUGUUCUGAAAUUUAUUUUUACAAGAGGGAGUUGUGAUAUGACUUUGGGGGGAAAAAAGAUAAGUGGUGUUGGGUGGGAUUUGUUGCUACGGCUUAGGUAUCAUUCUGUGUUUGUCAUUUACUAACAUUGAGCUAACUGUCAAUUACUGACAAGUAGAAUCAAAGGCCCAGCUGACCGAAGGCUACAUGCAUGUAAGAUCCACAACAUGAGACAAUGCAUGUAAAUCCAUGUUCAUGUUCUAGACAUGGAAAUUAGGAGCCUAAUAAACUGCCUAAUUCAGUACGGA